GUUUUGACGUGUUGGUACCGUGCACGUGUAGUAGGAGAACAGUAAAAAUGUUUGUGAAAGUUAGAGGCCCUGAUUGUCAAAGAAUUGAAAUAAUAACCAUCACAUUGUUGAUGCCUGUCAAAGAGUUAAAAGAAAAAGUCGGCAAACUCUUUGGCGUGGAGCCAGCAAAACAGCGUCUUAUCUAUCGCGGGAAGCAAUUGGAGGACGAAUACAAACUGUUCGAUUAUGGCGUGCAAAUGAAUGAAGUGCUGCAAUUAAUUGUAAAACAAAAUGUGACUCAGAAGGAAGAGGUUAAAGAAAUUCAGGAGCCGCCGCUCAGUACAGAGAAACGUCUGAAGAAUCUGCCCAAAGUAUCAGAGACAAAGCAUUUUAAGGUUGGCGAAUAUGUUGACUUCGUGGAUACUUUGAUUGGAGCGUGGUUCCAAGGCAAGAUUAAAAAUAUCUAUGUGGAGAACCAGGCACGUUUUGACGCUUUCAGGAAUGAAAUAGACCCUCCCACUCACAAAAAUGGUAUUUUCAAAGAUAAAAGUACUGCCGACAAAGGCUCAGGUACAUUUAAGAAGGAUUCUAAAGAGGAAACUUCGGAUGAAGAGAGAUACGAAACAGAUAGUGGUCGUUGUAGUAGCCUUGGGAUGGAAGAGAAUGGAACGAAGGGUAAUGAAGCUGCAGGGAAUACAUGUGAGUCGAAAGGAACGGUGCAAGGAGAGUUGCAGGAUAGUGCUCCUGAUGCCUCCCCUGAGAAAACAAAUGCGGCGAGUGACACUGAACAUUCUGAAAGUGGGGACAGUGGACACUCCUCUCAUACGUCAGUUAAGAAACCAUCACAAAGGAAUGGAGACGCCAUGUCCAAGGGAGCUCCCGGUGAUGAAACUAAGCUGGAUGAUGGCUGUGUAUACGAGAUAACCAACCUCAAUCACGUCGAUGAAGCAGAAAUGUUGAGCAAGCUCUCAGAAAUUCGCCCGAUGUCGCAAAAACUUUUGAAAUUUGCAGAUGUUAAAGUGGGACAGACAGUUCUGGUUAACUACAAUGAUAGUGAGCCAGAUAAACUAGGUCACUGGUUUGACCUCAAAGUCUCAAAGGUUGCAAAUGGCAGAAUGAAGAAGUGGCUUGAAGGUGAACUUCGCAUACAUAGUCGGAGUGGAUGUCAGCUGAAUAAUGUGAAGAUUAGUAAUGUCGAAAAGAUAUGGGUUAUUGAAAAACUGGAACUGUUGAAAGACAGAAAAGAUUUUUCUGAUCUGGAGUCUAUACAGAAACGGCCUGUUCCUGCACUCUGUGACAAGUGCAAUGACAAUCCUCUCAAGAGAUGUAAAUCGUGCAGUUGUCAAGUAUGUGGCAAGAAAAAUGAGCCGUCCAAGCAAAUCAUGUGUGAUGAAUGUGAUUCACCGUAUCACAUAUGGUGCCUUACACCUCCUCUGGAAGAAAUCCCAGAUGUGGAUGAAUGGUUCUGUCCCGAUUGCAAAAAUGAUGAAAAUGAAAUUGUCAGAGCUGGACAUAAGCUCAAAGCUAGCAAGAAGAAGGAAAAUUCGGUCUGGGUGAAAAGUGGUUACACUAAAUGGGGCAAGGGGAUGGCAAAUGUUGGGCUCUCCAAAAGAUGUACCAUAGUGCCGCCUCACCACUUUGGACCCAUACCGGGUGUGGAAGUAGGAACAUGCUGGAAGUUCCGGAUACAGGCGUCUGAAGCUGGAGUGCACAGACCGCCUGUCAGUGGUAUUCAUGGACGCGAGGACGUGGGUGCCUUCAGCAUUGUACUGAGUGGAGGAUACGAAGAUGAUGAGGAUUUUGGAGAUAGCUUUUGGUACACCGGAGCUGGCGGUAGAGAUUUGUCCGGCAAUAAACGUACUUCUGUGCAGUCAUCAGACCAGCUGCUCACAAAUACUAACAAGGCUCUUGCCGUUAACUGUGCAGCUCCGUUGAAUGAAAAGGGGGCUAAAGCUGACGAUUGGAAGAAGGGAAAACCGGUGCGCGUCAUUCGAAGCUACAAAUUCCGGAAGCACUCUAAGUUUGCUCCAGAGGAAGGGUUGAGGUACGACGGCAUCUACAAGGUCGCGGAAUAUCGCCCAGAAAAAGGGCAAUCUGGUUUCAUCGUAUGGAGAUACUUCCUGCGUCGGGACGACCCAACACCGGCCCCGUGGACGGCAGCUGGAAAGAAAUUAAUAGCAUCUCUUGGCCUUCAACUUGAGGUGCCAGAAAACUACGAUGUAGCGCUCGCAAAGAAAUCUGGAGAUAAGCCGAAGAAAACAGCCAAACGUAAAUUAAGCAAUGGAAAUGAAAUAAACUUUUUCACAAAAAAGGUGAAAGCUGAGCCGUAUGUGAUUGAUGCAAAAAUCCAAAAAAUUAUUGCCAAAGACAAGCAAAACACAAAGCUGUGGGAAACCUGCAGUUCUUCACUUCAAGAUGGCAAAAAGAAAUAUCUCGAUGCUGUUAUGGAAAAUUUUUCUUGCAUAUGUUGCCAAGAAUUGUUGUAUCGACCCAUUACCACGCCCUGUAAUCACAAUUUCUGUUUGGAUUGUAUGCAGAGAGCUUUCAAGGCAGAAGUCUAUACUUGCCCUACAUGCAGGGAAGACUUGACCAAAAAAUUCCAGUUUGUUGUGAACGAACAUUUAUUUGGAGUCCUGAAGGCAUUCUUUCCUGGCUACGAAGAGGGCCGCAAAUAAAUCGCUGUAAAAUACUCUCUCCACAGUGUGAAUUUUAGCCCAGAUAUAUUGUUUGUAAAGAUAUUUACUCAAAUGUAAGAAAGACUUGUAUUAUACGCAAUACUAAUAUCGUGCAUCCAAUUCGUGCAUCAAUUUUUGUUACAAUCUUGUAUUGUUUUAAGUGUUCAAGUGUAAUUGUCAAGGGGCCGUGAGCAGUGCAAAAAAUCAAAUUUCAAAAAGUCAUUGUAGGUUAUACAGACUUUAUGAUUUUUUUCUGAUCAAAUAGGCUUAGAACAUUGUUUGCCUAUGAUCUGUGUUUUUGAUAAUGAAUUUUUACAGAUCUGUCAAGCUAGGUGUAUUAAACAUUUACCAAGUGCAAAAUAUUUCUUUCUUGUGUUUCUAUAUUGUUGUUACAGAGAUUUUUGAUUUCUGGCAUUUCUAAUGAUGCAACCUCAGUUUUAGUAGUUUUUAAUGGAUUUUUAUGCCGUGUAGCCUAUGCCAUAAAUUUUAUUGGCAAGUACAUAACUGUCUGCUGUGCAGCUUAGCUGUGGCUGACCUGUGUACAUAUUAAAAUUUCAUGCUUUACUCUGCAAUGGCUCUGCCAUAGCUGUCUGUGCAGAACAUUAUCUCUUGUUACCAGUACCCCACUUUUUUGUUUUAUGGUUGGUUUUGUGACACAUGUUAGGGACGGUAGCUGUUAAUCUUUGCUUAGCACAGCUGUACUCCUGUGCAGACUUAUUUUAUUGUUAGUUACAUAUAGAAUAGUGUCUAUUCUGUGGUUAAUAUCCUGUUGGACCAUGCUUUAUUCCUUUGUUGGUGGUUCUUUAUUAAAUUUAUACAUUUUAAUUGUAAUUGUUUGAAUAACAGUUAUUAUGCAAUUCAGAUUGUUGUUGUAAUGGCUCAAAUUCUUCGGAACUGUGAAAGAUUUCGGUAUAUAUUCUGUUGUUUAAAACUUUCAGACUUUUAAUUUUGGAGUUUAUCAAAAUUUUACUUAGGGAUAAGAAUGAAGAUUCCCAUUGUUACUGUUUAUGCUUAUGUUGCUAUAUAUGUCUUCUCCACAAUAGUGGAUCAGCCUUUUACUUGGGUUCUACAUGAUGGAGUUUUGUUAACUGUGACUCGGACUCAAGCACUCUCAUCUGUCUCUACCAUAUCAUUUUUCUUGCUGUACUGUAAAUAGAAAUUUAUCUUUUUACAAUAGGCACAAUAAAAAGAUUCACACAACCACAGCUUUCGGCUAUUAAGGCCUUUGUCAGCAGUUCACACACACACACACACACACACACACACACACACAUACACACACACACACACGUAAGUUUGCUGAACCUACAUAGUGUAGUUUCAGCUCUCUGAGACUGCAGACGUGUGUGCAAGUUGCAUUUGCGUGUGUGUAUGUGUGUACUGCUGACAAAGGCCUUAAUGACCGAAAGCUAUGAUUGUGUGAAUCUUUUUAUUGUGCCUAUCGCGACUCAGCAUCUCCGCUAUAUGGUGAGUAGCAACUUUCCUUGUCUUGUAUUGUUACAUUCCCUCCUGGAUUUUCCAUUGUUUUAUUUAAUUUAUCUUUUCGUCACGUGUGAAGGUGACGUGGCUGUUUUUGAAUAACAGACAACACUUGUAAUUCAUCUCCUAUUUUACAUUCAUUUUUUUUCUUUUGCUUUCUCUUGAUUAUCUCAGAAACUGAGAUUGUGGAAAUGCAAAAUCUUUUCUCCCAGUGUAUUUUUACAAAUAUGAGCAGUAUAGUAUUUAUUUCAUGCUGUAAAGGUUUGCCCAUUUGUGACAACAACAAUAUUGCAUUUUUUUUGCCCAAAAUUGUUUUGUUGACUGGAUAAGAGACAAUUGCAGUAGCAUUGACUGUACUUCAUCGCUCCCAUUGCAUCCAAAGCUCUUCAUAUAUGGUUCUAUUAAACAAAAAGAUAUUAAAUCAUUUUUAUGCUUUGCUUUAUUUAUAAUAUGCAACCAUUUGUGUAAUUCAUUAGCUUUAGAAUGUGUUGUGUUAAAUGACAAAAAUAAUUGUAUUUUAUACUUGGUAUUUUUGUAUCUUAAGAGUUAUUUGGUGCACAUAUUUUAUAAUGACAGAGAAAUACAGGAUUUUAGAUAAAUACCACAUGAAAAGAGUCACAAGGUUUUAUUUUUAUUUCUUUUUCAUUUAUUUUUGUUGUUCCUGUACUCCACUUCAUGGGUUGAAAUGUAUGAAUAGUUUUGCAGCAGUAAUCUGCACCUGGUGAACAUUCUUGAUUAUCAGCCAUUUGCUGGAUUCAGAUCUUUUCCAUGAAUUCCAGUCUUCAACUAUAUGCAUCCAUGUUGCUCUUGCAUCAUUUAUUUCUUGGAAUCCAGUGAGGCAUUUCCUUGGUCCAUGUACUAUAUUGUGGUCUUUGCUACAUAUGCUCCCCAUUUCUACAUCAUUCUCAUUCAUGGUUGUUAUUACGUCUCCUGGUUUGUAUCUUGAUCCGUUUAUUUGUCAUUUAGUAGUUCCCAAAACUUGUAAUACAUGCCAGAUGCGGAACACACUAACACAUUUGGCAUGUUCCUUCUGGUUUAAAUUACCACUGGCACUCCAGGCCUUUUGUACUUGAUAAGUUAAUUUUUGUUGUUACCUGUCAAUUUAUCAUCCUCAUCUGUCCUUAAAAAAUUUCUAUUGUUUUUGUGGUAGUAUUGUGAAUUUGUUUUAUUUUAUUUGCAGUAUGUUGAUCAUUGUUACAGUCUACUUUCUAUUUGAUUUCUUCUGAAAGAAUUUGUUAAGGUAUCAUAUCCGUAGUUGAAAAAAUCAUUCAAUAGUACCUGUCUUACCUUAAGCUUUAAAAUGCCCUAAUAUUAUUUUGUUGUGGGACUUGCUGCCAUUCAUCACAUUUUCUGCCUCCUCAAUGUUAACAUGUUGUGUACACUUGAAUGAAUUUUCCUGUUUGCGUACAUACCUUAUGUAAAUGCCACUUUCAUCUGUGUCCAUAUAAUUGUUUAUUUUUCAAGAUAAGGCUUCAUUCAGUGUAACCUGGUAUGCCUUCAUAUUUCUAAAUUCUCAUAGUCUAAAUUUCUAAUUCCCUUCCUGAUAGCUGACUUAAUCUGAUUCUACUCUGAAAUAUUUUGUUUAUUUUUAGAACUAGCUGUGUAGAGAUUUCCUUAAUAGCUAUAUCAUUACCUUUACUUUUCUUGUUCACAAUAAAGCAGUCAUUUUAAUUUCCACCAAGCUGCAUUUCUCUGUAAUAAAAAUGUUCUUAUCUUGUAUAACUCUUAUCUGAUCUACACGUUUUCAGUACUUCUGACAACCUCACUGUCGCAUUUGAUCUUACUUUAUUCCUGUAAUUUAUCUUUGACUGUAAGUUCUGCAGUUGACUGAUGCUAUAGUCUUUGCAGUACUUUUUUAAUAAUGUGUGCCAAAAAUGAAAUCAUUGAGUUAAAUUAAAAAUAUUAAGAUUUAAGAUGAAAAUUAACCUGCAAAAUGAGGAGUGUCUACUUAAUAAUUGCAUAGACAGAUACAGUUGGAGAAGAGUUGUCACAAACUGAGAAAUGAGGAGCAUAAAAUCCAGUGUCUUUUCUUGUAGUUUUUCUUCAUGUAGAGAAGGGCAUGGUAACAAAAUCGGGUCUUCCGCCCAUUUUCUCAUCCUGCAAAAUCCAAACAAAGAUUGGAAAGCAAGAAAUUGCAUUUUGUGUUUCUCCAAUGUCUGGGGCAAUGCUGUGUUCAAACAUUUUCUGCUGGAGUUACUUUGCAAGCACUCGUCCAUUACAUUUAGUGUUAAUAUGUACCUGCUGUUGAACAGAAAAUACAGGACUGUAUAAUUCGUGUAUUAGUGUACAUUCCUUUUAAUUUUUGUGAUUUAUAAUCAUGUGGCUUUUAAGCAAGAGUGUUUGUACAUACAUUAUUUUUUUAAUGUAUACCUCUUCAAUUCAUGUCACUUUAAAAUGACCAA